AUGGAGUUUUCUACAUUCGCAUCGCUGUCAUUUCUGCUCGUCACCCUUUCUUCCAUGUGCAACAUGGAGGCUAGGGUUCACCACCAUAAACACAAACACCAAGCUGAUCAUCACUCUUCAGGUUCCAUCUCCUACAUUUCUGCACCCCCGACGCUCUCGCCGGAACCUUCAUCGUCACCGAAUCCGGGCAUUGCCGCUCCUGCUCCUGCUCCUGUCGACGGUGCAUAUCCUGACAGAGUAGUGCUUGAUGUGAGGGGAUUCGGCGCAGUCGGCGACGGACUCACCGAUGACACCAAUGCUUUCAAGAUGGCGUGGGAUGCGGCUUGCCAGAAGAAUGGCUCGGCGGUGAUGAUCCUCGUCCCUAAGGGUUUCACAUUCAUGAUCCAAUCCACCAUCUUCACCGGUCCUUGCCAACCCGGAUUGGUCUUUCAGGUUGACGGGACGAUAAGCCCGCCGGACGGACCGGAGGCGUGGCCGGAGAAGAACAGCCGGAGGCAGUGGCUGGUGUUUUAUAGGGUUAACGACAUGUCACUUGUGGGCGGAGGUGCGUUUGACGGCAGAGGACACAAAUGGUGGGAUCUUCCCUGUAAACCCCACAAGGUUGCAAUAAAUGGGACUAAGCCACAUGGACCAUGCGAUAGUCCAAUCGCUAUAAGAUUCUUCAUGAGCUCCAACUUGAGUGUGGAAAGAAUCCGAGUGAAGGACAGUCCACAGUUCAACUUCAGAUUCGACAACUGCAAGAACGUCCACAUCGAAUCCAUCCACAUCACGGCCCCCGCUCUCAGUCCAAACACCGACGGAAUCCACAUCGAGAACUCCAAUGGCGUCGGAAUAUACAAUUCGGUGAUCUCCAAUGGGGAUGACUGCGUAUCGAUCGGAGCAGGAAGCUACGAUGUCGACAUCCGAAAUGUCACGUGCGGACCUAGUCACGGAAUCAGCAUCGGGAGCCUGGGGAACCACAACUCGAGAGCGUGCGUGUCGAACAUAACGGUCCGCGACUCGAUGAUCAGAGCCUCCGACAACGGGGUAAGGAUCAAGACGUGGCAGGGCGGGUCCGGAGCAGUUUCGGGGAUAACCUUCAGCAACAUCCACAUGGAUACCGUCCGGAACCCGAUCAUCAUCGACCAGUUCUACUGCCUGACCAAGGACUGCGACAACCAGACGUCGGCGGUCCACGUGUCGGACGUCGUCUACGAGAACAUCAAGGGCACGUACGACGUCCGCAGCCCGCCGAUCCACUUCGGGUGCAGCGACACGGUGCCGUGCACCAACCUCACGCUGUCGGACGUGGAGCUGCUGCCGGCGAAGGGCGACGUCGUGGCGGACCCUUUCUGUUGGAAUGCCUAUGGGGACUUGGAGACGCUCACAAUUCCGCCGGUGUCGUGUUUGAUGGAGGGCGCGCCGGCGAGGUCCUCGCCGGCGGCGGAUGUCGUGGAUCGUUGUUUGUAGCUCUCGAGUGGGAUUUUUAGAGGGUCUAAUGGUUGGAAUUAUGGGGGUAAUGUUGUAUUAGUGGAAUUUUCCGAUUGUUGAUUAUCAGACCAUAUCAUAUAAUGGUGGUUGUGAAACUUGUUUUUUUUUUUAGGGUGCUUUGCUACCACCUCUACAUUGUAUAAUGUGUUUGAUCUAUAAGAGGAGUAAUGUGAUUAAAUUAAGGAUAAUUGGUGUUUAUUAUUUGAAGCGGUAUUGCUUUUGUAGCAUGGAAGUAUAGUAGGUGUGCUC